UGGUUGGCCAUUGUAGGGGGGGGUGGAGGACAUGACACCUGUGGACAGUGGAUAAAGGGACCUAACCUCUAAUGGUCCACAUCUAACCGCAGUGCACUGUACCCUUCUGCUGUGCCUUUCCUCCACUUUGAAUUAUUGCGAUGGCCCCGAAGAAGAAAGAAGAGCCAAAACCUGCAGCAGCACCAGCAGCCCCCAAACCCCCAGAGCCAGAGAUCCCUAAGACCCCGGAGUUUGACCCUACAACAGUAACGCUGGAAUUCACCCCAGAGCAAAUUGAGGACUUCAGAGAUUCCUUCCAGCUGUUUGACACAACACCAGCCAGCGAGAUGAAAAUAGCUUACGCCCAGUGUGGUGAUCUGAUUAGGGCUUUGGGCCAGAAUCCCACCAACACAGAGAUCAUGCAUGUCCUUGGAAAGCCAAAGGCUGAAGAAAUGCAGACCAAGAUGCUUGACUUUGACCAGUUUCUGCCCAUGCACCAACACAUCUGCAAAUCCAAGGACUGUGGCACAUAUGAGGACUUUGUGGAGGGUCUGAGGGUGUUUGACAAAGAGGGGAAUGGAACAGUCAUGGGAGCUGAGCUUAGACAUGUUCUGGCAACACUGGGGGAGAAGAUGAAGGAGGAUGAGGUGGAUCAACUGAUGCAAAACCAGGAGGAUGCUAAUGGAUGCAUCAAUUAUGAAGCUUUUGUGAAAUACAUUAUGGCAUCUUAAAAGGUCUACAAGCGUAUUCAACGUCAUUGUCAUUCUGGUUGUGCGUCACUCAUUAUCAAAUCACAAGGACUGUGUAGGCUAAUUAGUUUGCUUGUCCUUCACCAGGAAAUCCCUGAAUUCUUGAGCGCAGAAGAUCCUUAUGGUUCUGUAAAUCCCAUCGUGUAUAAUUUCCAUUUCCAUGAAUUUACAACUCAUUAUAUUUCACCUUGUUUAUCUACGACCGCUUGUGUAGAUUCAGUGCACACAUUGCACCCAAUCCCUGUUAAUAUUGGAGAUCAUAAUGAAUAAAUACAUUCAAUUUGA